GACGGAUGCAUAGGAAGCGGACAAGACUUUUUUCUUCACGUUUGAUCAUGAAAAUGUGGAUUUUUGCUUUUCUGGCCGCUCUCGCGGUCGGAGCCUCAGCUCAGAGCUGUCCAAGUACAUGUGCCACUAUGAAGUGGGGUGUCUGCGACGGACCCCCAUGUUUGUGUUAUCUUCUGGUUGAUAAUGGUACAAAACAGCCCAUAGACUGCACAGCAUUGGUCCCCAAGUGCUUCUUGAUGAAAGCUGAAAUGUACAGAGCAAGAAAUGGUCUGAGCACUCGCAGUAUUGCAGGAAAGCCACACGAGACUGCCAUUGUGGACAACGAUGGCAUCUAUGACCCCGAAUGUGAGAAUGACGGCAAAUUCAAGGCCAAGCAGUGCAACGGCACAGAUGUGUGCUGGUGCGUCAACAGCGCUGGAGUUCGUCGGACUGACAAGGGAGACCAGACCCUCAAGUGUGAGAAGCUGGUGGAGACCUACUGGGUCCGUCUUCAGCUGACACACAAGGAGGGGCCCACCAAUGUGAAUAAAGACAAUUUGAAGACUGCCAUUGCAAAUGAACUUAACAGCCGUUACCAACUUAGCCCCAGCCUGGUGAAGGAUGUUCAGUAUGACCCAGACGCUCGCAUGAUUGUGGUUGAUGUGAAUAAGGAGAAAGGAGACCGCUCAUAUGACCUGUCCAAAAUGGCCUACUACAUGGAGAAAGACGUGAAGGUGCUGCCACUGUUUACUGACCAGAGCAGAAACUUUACUCCUUCUGUGGAUGGGCAGACUCUGGUGAUGGAGAAGAUCAUCGUGUACUAUGUGGACGAGGAGGCCCCAAGUUUUCGUCCAUCUCCUCCUGUUGGGGGCUCCUCGUCCACAUCAUGUACUAUGUGGAUGAGGAUCCCCCAACUCUUCGUGCAUCUCAUCCUCCUUUUCCAAUUUUUUUUACAUUUUUAAAAGAAAUUUUGAAAAACUUUAAAAACUUUUUUUUUUUUAAAGAAAUCCCUUACCAUAUACAGCUCUGGAGUGACUAUUGUGACAGCCACUUCAGUGACUUUGUGACAGUUGAGGAAGUGGAGUGGGUAGGGGUGAGCUACCGUUUCUUUUGAUCACCUGUUUUCUCCUGUUUUGAGUAAGUUAAGGAGGUCAGACUCUGUCUUUAUUUUUGGCUCCUGUUUUGGUAAGGUUAGGUGUGUGGGAGUCAGUUUAAAUUCGUUUUGUUUAUUAUUUUGGCCUAAGCUCACCCCGACGUGUUGACACUCCCGUUUUGUUGUAUCUG